AUGUCUUCUUUGCCAAGCCAGGCAGGUUCUGGUGGUUCUGGAGGCGAUCCUGGUGAGAGGAAACCUUUUCCAGCGUUUUCUUUUGGCGCAGCGAAGCCAGAAGGCGGCUUGAUGUCGGCAAACGCUCUAGGCGCGUUGUCAACAGCUGGCUCUGGUGCUUCCGUUUCAUUUGGGUCGGGCUCUGGGACGAGCUCCCAACCUCUGGGCGCGAAGUUUGGUUUCGGUGCUGGGACGGAGUCGAAAGGCGCCGCGGCAGCACCGUUCCCGGGUACUUUCGGCCAGGCUGCACAAACACCACAGAGCUUCUCUUUCCUGAAUCCCGCCAGCGGAUCUCUGCAGCAGCAAGCGACAGCACAAAACACUGCCUCUGGAGUAGCGUCGUCGACGCCAGGAACGGGCUUGCCUGGAGGUUUCGGUUUCGGGGCUCGUGCGGAAGCGCCUCCGGCACCAGCCGCCACGGCUUCCUCCAACGUACCUCGCUUCGAAAUUGGAGCAGGUUUCAUGAGUUCCGCCCCAGCUGCAGGCCAGGAACGUCCGUUGUCGAGUUUCGGAGCGGCCGGUUCCGCUGCUGCACCCGGUACAAGUGCUGCGGCUGCGGCUGCUCGGCAGCCGCCACAGCCCUCUGCGACACCGCCCGCGGGUAGUUCCGGGGCGGGGAACUGGUUCGCAGCUGGCACCAGUAGCGGUUCCGUCCCUGUAGGCAAGGGUGCAAGUGAUGCGCAGCACCCAGGUACAGCUUCAGGCGUUGCAGCACCGACAGCGCCUUUCAAUAUCCCUUCGUCUGCAGCGCCGAGCAGUGCAACAGGGACGAGCACGAGCACCUCCACAGCACCCGGCAAUGCGGAUCGUGCAGGGACUGGGCCCAAUCCAAGCCCUCCUUUCAGCUUCCUGGCGAGGAGUACACAGGACAACGCGAGGGAAUCCUCCACGGGCACAGCCCUUUUCGGGAGCAGCAGUACAUUGAAGAGCGCUCCUGAUAAUUCCCAGUCUGCUGCCACGGGGCAUGAGGGUCGGCAGUCGGAGACUGCUGGUGCCAACAGACCGGCAUUUUCGUUUGGCAGCUCAGUACAGUCUGGGGCGCAGAAUCAGCAGAACCAGGGACAAGCCCAGCCGGAGCAGAAACAGCAGCCAUUCUCUUUUGGUGCUGCAUCUGGUGUCACAACUGGAGGCGCACAGCUGCGUUUUGCGCCUCCACUAGAUACAAAAGGAGCACCUGCUGCAGCGCCAACGAUACCUGGAAGUAGUCAGGCGGCGCCGGGAACCGCUCUCGGUGCCUCUCCGAACGCUGCUGGCGGUGCUAGCGGAAACGCCGGAGGUUCGACUGCACCCAGCUCGACGUCGAGUCUGUCUCAGGAGGCAUCUGGAACAGCCUCUUCGUCUCUUCAAUUCGGAAUGCAAUCUCGGUCUGAUUCCUCCGCCCAAGAGAAAGCCACCGCGGCAACGUCGCAACCAGCGGCCCAGGCGCGACCUCUCGCUGCCUCACCUUUCAGCCUAGCAGGGAGCGGCACAACCAACCAGGAUUCAACGAACACGGCGCAGACUAAGCAGCAGACCGAGUCUCCUUGGGCAACGUCGGCACCGCGAGCGUCUGCGACAGGGAUCGUGAUAUCAAAUGGGUCAGAUGCCGCGGCACCGAGUCCUGCUCAGGAUGUUUCCCAAAAGCACACAAGUGCAGCUGCGUCUCAGGCGCUCCCCAAGGCCUCAGAGCAAGCGUCUCGAGCGGAACAGGCACUGCCAGUGGGCUCGGCUAAUGCCGCAGUGGCUGGGCAUGCAGCUGCGAACCGAUCGCUUCCAUUCGAUUCGACUAGAUAUGGCGGCUUCGGUUCAACACAGCCAAAUGCCGCCGAGACGGGAGCCGGGAACACCACGCCCGCGUCUCUGCGAACAGCAAAUGAGCAACAGCAACAGCAACAGCAACAGCGCGAGAGCACAGAUACGCAAGUGAAAUCCGAAUCUCGUGAUCUGAAGCAGGCGGGCCCCGUGAAUCGUGAGCCGCAGGUCUCUUUAUUCACAUCGCCGGGUGCAGCAACCGGUACGACGCCCAGUGCUUCAGUAGCAGGCGCAGGAAAUGGUGCUUUCAGGAGUGCCAGCCAAGCAAAUGCAUCUGCAGGCCGACCUGAAACAAAGCAGCCAACACAGACUGCGGCCAGUGCGGCUGCUACCACUCAGCCAACACGUGCCGCCCAGGCCGCUCCGAAUUGGGGCCCAGUUCGCAUGCCAUCCGCCAUAGAGGACAAGAACGUUGGCGAGAUCACAGUCUUCUUUCGAGACACGAUCAGUCGACUGGUAGAGCAGUUCCAUCGUCAGGCACAACAGGUGGCUCGGUUGGACCGACAGGUCAUUGAGCAGCAAGAGCGCCUGGUGCAGCUUUUGCAGGAAACCGAGCACACCGAGUCUCUGAUGCAACACAUGGAGAAGGAACUCGAUUUUAUCCUGCAGCAACAGAGUGAGCUCCACAAAGCUUUGACGACAAUCGAAGAACAGGUCCGUGGUACCCUGAGCCUGGCGUCUGCAGGUGAACAAGCCUGGCAAGCAGAGUUUGCCGCGUCACUAGCAGGUGCGGUCGAGCAGGAGCGCGAAAAAUAUCAUCGAAUUGCCGAGCAAGCCAAACAGGAACUGGACCAAGUGUACCAGGUCAUUGGUCAGUGCAUUCGGGAACUGAAUCACGUCCAAGGAGCUUCGUCUGGAGAGCUCGGGGCGAGCACCAGUUCGGUAUCGAACGCGGCAGCUGGAGUCUUUGGUUACCCCGCAGCGUACACGGACGAUGAGCAGGUGCCUCUACUAACGAUUCUGAAUGUCCAUUUGGACACUUUAGAGCUCCUGAGCACACAGAAAAACGAUUUAGAGCAUCGCAUCACGGAGCUCGAGAAAGUUCUGCACACCAUCACAGCGGAUCCACGUUUCUCGCUGCCGGCUGCGCGUCCGCAAGCGGCACUCAGGUAA